AGACCAUAGACAAGACAGAUAGAAAUGUCAAAAGUCUUGUGUUGUGUGUAGAUUUGCUGAGGUUUUGUGUUUGUUUGUUCCCUUUUAUUUCCCUGAUUAUACAAUAAAUAAAUAGAAAGGUGGUGUAAUCCUGCAGAACCAUGGCGGAACUAGCGGCCUUACUGCAGACGGAAAUCCCCGAGGGGCGAAGUCACUUGACCGACAGCCACACCAACCUGGAGCGGGUCGCGGAGUACUGCGAGGCCAACUACUUCCAGUCAGAAAACAAGCGCCUCGCGUUGGAAAGCACCAAGAAUUACACUACUCAAUCUCUAGCCAGUGUUGCGUAUCAGAUCAACACACUGGCAUACAAUUUUCUGCAACUGUUGGAGUUGCAAACUAUGCAGUUGGCGGAGAUGGAGGGCCAGAUGAACCACAUCGCGCAGACUGUGGCCAUCCACAAGGAGAAGGUGGCUCGCCGGGAGAUUGGCGUGCUGACGGCUAACAAGGUGACCAACAGGCAGUACAAGAUCAUUGCUCCAGCUAACCCGGAGAAGCCCAUCAAGUAUGUUAGGAAGAGCAUUGACUAUACAGCUCUAGACGAGAUCGGUCACGGCGCGCGCUGGGCGCUGGGCGGGGCGGGGACGCCUCGCGGGGGCUCCCGGCGAGCGCCCGCCGCCGCGCUGCCCGCGCCCACCACCAAGCCGCCCACGCCGCCCGCCGCCGUGCGCGCCGCCGCCGCCGCCGCAAAUACCGGCACGCUGGGACGGGGCACGCUUGGCAAGUCGUCGCGCGAGUACCGCACGCCGCCGGCCGUGGCGCCGCCGCAGGUGCCGUCGCACUAUGCGCCCAACUACCCGCGCCGCCCGCCGCCCUACUCCGCCGCGCCCAACCAGCCACAGGUGGGAAUGGUGCACCCGAACCAGCACCAGUCCAACUACAGCUCGCAGCAGGACAUCAUGCACUCCAGCAUCAACAUGCCGCCGCCGCCGUCGCCGCUGAUUGGCUCGGACGGCGAGCACAGCCAGCACUCGCAGCAGUUCAGUCUGCCCGGACAGCGCGCAUCAUCUUCAUCAACGGGCGGGUCAGCGCGCGGGGGCUCGGUGUCGCCGCCGCUGCCGCCGCCGCCGCUCGACGAUGAACUCACGCACGAGGCCUUCGGGCGACCCAUGACCGCCUUGCAGCAAAGCAAGAUGGUGGGCCAGUACCCGGGCGCGGUGCCCGCCAUCGUGCCCGACGACGACGACCUGCCCGGCUGGGUGCCCAAGAACUACAUCGAGAAAGUGGUGGCGAUCUACGACUACUACGCGGACAAGGAGGACGAGCUGUCGUUCCAGGAGAGCGCCGUGAUCUACGUGCUCAAGAAGAACGACGACGGCUGGUGGGAGGGCGUCAUGGACGCCGUCACCGGACUGUUCCCCGGGAACUAUGUUGAACCGACAGUCUGAGAGAGAGAGAGCUACAGCCAUUAAUAUGCAUUAGAGGCGAUUCUGAAGGCAGGGGGUUUGUUUUGAUACUGUCGAAACUAAAAUUUGAAAUAUUUAAAAUGAGAUUUACCACUAAGAAAUUGCUGAAUUUAAAAUCGGUGUCUUCAGAAUCACUGCCAGUAUCAGCGGGUUCAUCAGUAAUCUUCCACACAUGGUUUAAAGCCACUCCCGAGGAGCGCCGCUGCCGGCUGCCUUCCUCUGCAUCCCGCGAGCGUGAUGUAAUCCGCUUGCCGCUUGUAAACAAUGUGAGUGCAGUGCACUGAAUAAAGGUUUAAAAAUUUUCUUUCUUCUAAAGAUAACUAUUCUGACACAUACUCAGAUACCGCUGCCGGUACCAAGGUGGCAUUUUCAUUCGCUACCACCUACCACUACAAACCAAUUUUGCAUUAUUGUUAAUAGGUCAUAACUAAUUAGGAGCGCUGGAAAUCAGUGAUAGUUAGAAUUUAAUUUAUCAGACAGAUUCAAUGCAUAGAAAGCGAAAGUUGCCUUUUGUAUUAUGCUUAAAUGCGCCAUGUUUAUAACUAAAGAAUGAAGAAAAGUAGGAAUGAAUAAGUCUAGAGUAAGUUAUCACCAUUGUAAACUGUAGGCUAACACAAUAAUCGCGUUUUAUUUACUACGAUAGAUGUAAGUCAAUUUAUAGAUAUAAUACAUGAUGAAAUUAUUCGCAUUUUUGUUUUAUAGUUAGCCGAAAGGGGGAAAUCAAACUAUAAUCUAAACAACUUUUCAAAAUUCAUGAAAAAUAAACAAUGUUACGUGACCGACCAAGUUCGUAAUUUUUCAAACCAUUGAACAAUACUUGUUUAGUAUUACCUCUUUCGGCUUACUAUAUCUUUUUGAAUACACUGUAUAUGCCAUCUAAUAUAUUUUGUUCUAUACAUACGUAAGCACUAUAUACCUUAAAUAGCUAGCUAUGUUUAUACCUAGGUAUUAUAUAAGACUUAAUUUUAAGAUACUAACAAUAUAUUUAUCAUUCCUGUGUAUAGCAUGAAAUUGUCUAGAAUUUAAAAUGUAUUCUUACAGAUUAAAAUAUUAACGAUAAA